AUGGAAGUUGUUGGAGAGGUUUUUCUUUCUGUGUCCCUUGGACUCUUGUUCAGCAAACUGGACUCCUCUGAUUUGUUGAAGUACGCACGCCAAAAGCAAGUCCACACCGAGCUCAUGAAAUGGAAGACAGGACUGUUGGAGAUUCGGGAAGUGCUCGACGAUGCUGAGGGCAAGCAGAUCGAUAAGCAGGACGUGAAAAGAUGGCUCGCACAUCUCAGGGAUUUGGCUUAUGAUGUGGAGGACGUCUUGGACGAGUUUGGCUACCAAGUGAUGAGAAGAAAGUUGGUGGCGGAGGGUGGUGCGGCCAGCACAAGCAAGGUACGCAAAUUCAUCCCUACUUGUUGUACUACUUUCACUCCAAUUCAGGCUAUGCGGAAUGUUAAGCUGGGGUCCAAGAUAGAGGACAUCACUCGCCGAUUAGAAGAAAUUUCAGCUCAGAAGGCUGUGCUCGGUUUGGAAAAGCUCAAAGUGCAGAUCGAAGGCGCCAGAACAGCAACUCAAAGCUCAACCCCUCCACCACCUUUGGUAUUCAAACCUGGGGUAUACGGCAGGGAUGAAGAUAGAACCAAGAUACUAGCCAUGCUUAAUGAUGAAUCCCUCGGAGGGAAUCCGUCUGUAGUCUCGAUCGUGGCCAUGGGUGGGAUGGGAAAAACUACGCUGGCAGGUCUAGUGUACGAUGAUGAGGAGACAUCCAAACUUUUUGCUUUAAAAGCUUGGGUUUGUGUGUCUGAUCAAUUUCAUGUGGAGACCAUAACCAGGGCAGUUUUACGGGACAUUGCUCCAGGCAACAAUGAUUCGCCGGACUUUCAUCAAAUUCAACGCAAACUGAGGGACGAAACCAAGGGAAAAAGAUUUUUGAUAGUUCUUGACGAUUUGUGGAAUGAGAAAUAUGAUCAAUGGGACAGCCUAAGCUCCCCUCUCUUGGAGGGAGCACCGGGAAGCAAGAUCCUCGUCACCACUCGCAAUCUGAAUGUUGCUACUAUGAUGGGAGGAGAUAAAAGCUUUUAUGAGCUAAAACAGUUGCCUGAUGAUUAUUGUUGGUUGGUGUUUCAAAAACAUGCUUUUGGAAACAGAAAUGUCAAUGAUCAUCCGAACUUGGCAUUGAUCGGAAAGGAAAUUGUACAGAAAUGUGGAGGCCUGCCCUUGGCAGCAAAAGCGCUUGGUGGUCUUCUGUGCAGUGAACACAGAGAAGAUAAGUGGAAUAUUAUACUAGCUAGCAAAAUAUGGAAUUUACCUGGUGAUAAGUGUGGUAUUCUUCCUGCGUUGAGAUUGAGCUACAAUCAUCUCCCUUCACAUUUAAAAAGGUGUUUCGCUUAUUGCGCAUUAUUUCCCCAAGAUUAUGAGUUUAAGAAGGAAGAGCUAAUCCUCUUGUGGAUGGCGGAGGGUUAA